UAAUAAUAAUUAAUUUCGUUGCUGUUUGAGAUGGAUAUCUGUUUUAUUCAACGAGUUUCCAUGAAAUUCUUUUCUAUCGAUUUAAAGAAUCUCACAUUGUCGUCGUCACCUGAAGGUGAAUCAAGUGAAAAAAUAAUAAUUUAAAAUAUGUCAGGUAGCCUCUUAAAAUCGUCAAAAAUAAAUAUAAAAAUUUAAUAACAACACGGGAAUUUUUAUUUAUUAAUUUUGAUUUUUAAUACCGAUAAAAUUUGUUUGUCCUUCUCACAAAUCGUCCAUUUUUACUUCGUUUUAUUUUUUAUAAAUUUCGUUGAAGUGGUUCUGAGUAUGUGAGUGAUUGAUAUUAUUUUCUUACGUCGCAAUAUGGCGUUUCAUUGAGUUGGAGCUUAUUUUUAUCGUAUGACUAAAAAGCUAGAGAGCAGUAAUAAUUCGAUCGAUCGAUGAGUUAUGCCUCAUACGAGACGUGUCCAUCAAAUGGAGUAUUAUGGCUUUAUGACCCCAUUUUCUGAUUGGCUGAAAGGUAACAGAGGCAGGGAGAAUAUAAUAAUAAUAAAACAAAAACAAAUUAAAUAUACAAAAAGCACUUUGGUCAAUAAACAAUAAAAAAAGAGGGACAUACAAUCAACAACACACCUUCAUUGUUUAUUUUGUUGUUGUUGUUUUAUUGGUAAAUGAGUGUUGAAUUUUUAUAUUUUAUCAAAUUUUCCGACGACUACGACAUUAUUGCCUCAAUUAUUUUUUUACCUUUGGAAAAUAUUAUUGAGAAUUUGUUUCAUACAAAAACACGCUACAAUUCUGAAUUGUAACUACGUAAGACCAGCAGCUUAUUGAUGGAUUUAUUAGCACAGCGAUUGGGAACAGUGAUAAAUACGACCAAUAUGAUGGUUUAUCGAUUCACGGAUGGAAGCGCAGCAACAGCAGCAGCAACAUCACCAGCAACAACAACAGCCUAUUGAACUUAUAACGGAAAUAAAAACAGAACCAAAUAAUGAGCAAGUACCCUCACGAACACCAACAACUGAGGAACAGCAUCAGCACCAACAGGAGCAGCAGCAGCAACAGCAACAACAACAACAACAGCAGCAGCAACAUUUGCAACAUCAACAACAACUUCAACAAGAUCAUCAACAACAUCAGCAACAUCAGCAACAGCAGCAACAACAACAACAACAACGCAAGGAACAUAACACCCUUAACGUUUCUAGACUCUUGCGUAGUGACCUUAUCGAUCCAACGUCAGUGCCAAUUGCAAGGACACAACAGCGUCGCAUUCUGACAACUGCUGGAACUUUGCGUGAGGUCAAUGAUCCAGUGAGAGAAAACGACACCGAUUCAGACUACAACAGCCACCAACACUCUCCAUCGGAUUUUGGACAAAUGGCUCCACGAGCUGACGAACCCCCAACUGUUUAUACCUACGAGUCAACAGCAACAAACCAGACACUAAUUGGCUCUGAAAACCAAUCUAUCAAAAUCGAGUCCCUGGACAAAGAUCAGCAACAACAAUUACAACAACAAUCCGACCAGCCAUCGUCGGGUAGCUCUGCGGUUUUUGGAGAAGCAGCUGUUGUGUCGGCUGCAUCACUGCAAAAUCACCAUGGACAGCACACACAGCAUCACAGCACAAUCCGUGUAUAUGAAGAUGAACGCUUUGCUGCCAUCGAACAUGGCGAUCAAACCCAGAUCAUUUACAGCUACGAUCCGAGCGCCUUAAAUGGGGCUACUGUCGUCGACGCUCACAACGAGUCAAAGACCUUCACGAAUCUAGGUCCAGCUGGUGGAAGUCUUCCAACGGCUUCUGGUACCGAAUACUCAGUGACUGGGAAUUAUAGUCAGAGCAGUCCAUAUGCUGGCUUGUCGCAAGCCUAUAACAUAGCUAACGCCAAUCCCCUCCUGUAUAAAACCGACCCAACGCUGAAUUCGAUGCGACCCAAUAGUCAAUUUCCCCUAACGGUUUAUGAGAAUCCGGGUGUAACUGAAUCUUAUUGGCCUGCAACCACAUCCAUUGAAUUCCCUAAUAUUAACACCUACAACCAGGUCAUAACCGAUGAAUAUGGCUCACCAAACGGAAGCCCUUGGACGACAUCCUCCGGCGGCGGCACCACCACCGCCACCUUCGAUACGACAGGAGUUGAAUUCAAGUGCCAGUAUUGUGGAUCACUUAUGCUAAGGAAGGACAAUGAUUUGAUUUGUAUUACAUGUUCGGCGUCACGAAUGUCCCACAUGACACGUUUGCCACCACGCCAAACCAAACCAAAGACAUCCACUCUCAAUAAUAAUCGCAGGAAUGGAGUUAGUUGCGCGAAUUGUUUUACCACAUCGACCACGUUAUGGCGACGCAACAAUGAGAGCCAACCGGUUUGUAAUGCGUGUGGAUUGUACUUUAAGCUGCACAACAUGAAUCGUCCACUAACGAUGAAAAAGGAAGGCAUCCAAAAGAGGAAACGCAAACCGAAGCUGGCGAAUGGAACACCAAUGAGGAACCCCCUACCAAGUAUGGUAGUGCCAUCACAUCAUGCAAUGUAUCCGUCGCAAGUUCAAAAUAUUGGACUAUCGAUGGUUUCUGCCCAAGAUCUGCAUGACAUGUCCACCGGUGGAGGCAGUAAUGGCAAUCGCAUCAGCAUCAGUCACGCAGAUGUCAAUUCGAUGAACAUACCACGUCAUCAUAUUCAAUCGGAUGUUCCAACAUCGGUAGGGGAUAACAAUCACUCUGCCCAAUAUAAUUGUUGUGAGCCUCCGUCACAAAGUCAAUCGCCACAUUUACCAAAUUCCAGCACCUUAAAUCGACAGAUUAAUCAAACAGUUCCUCCACUAGAUGGCGGUAGAUCGGUCAAUGGUGAAAUUGCGACCAGUGUUAUAACAAGUACCGGAAUUCCCGAAAGGUCCUCGAAUAACUAAAAUUAAAUUAAGAAAACCAAACGCGUACAGGUGCAAUGCAGGUACCUCUGUCUAAUAAUUAAAAUGCUCCACAUUUCACAAUGAAGCCUUUCCUCAAUUAAUUGUAUCUCGCAAAAACACAAAUACUGAGUUGUUAAAUCAUGUGAGAUAUUUUCGAGAGGGAAGAAACGGAGAAUUUAAAAGAGUAAAUUUAAUUGCCAAACAUUAUCCAACACCAAAUAUUAUUUGUAAUUUAAUUUUAUAUAAGAAAUAAAUGUAUACCAGUAAAGUUAGUUGAGCUAGAAGCUUUGAUUAAACUGAAUAAUUAGCUAUUAAAUUCAUUACUUUUACAAAGCUUUGAUUUUUUUUGGAUUAUAAGAUGUAUUGAUGUAAAAGCAUAAAAAUGGUAGUGUUUACGAUAUAAACUUAUUUUUGAUUGUAAUUCUAAAUUAAUUAAAAAUUCAUAUAGUUCUAAAAACUAUACACAUGUCUGUAAUUUCUAUUUGUUUUUCUUAAUUAAAUGGUAAUGCUUAUUUAAAUAUUUGUAAAAAAGUGAAUUUAUUUUUA